GUUUUGGUGAAAAGUUUUGAUGGUUCACCAGGAUUUGUAUGGCUGUUUGGAUUCUCGUGUUUAAGAAAUCAUUUUUUGCCUUAAUUAGAGCUUUAGCUCCACCUGAUGGUGCGUUUGGGAAGCUGCUGAGCUCUUAGCACACAGACUUCAGUCACUUCCUUACUGAACAGUGACAGUAGCUGAGAGUCUGUAUCAUUCGCCUCUGCUGAGUGAGAUCACAGUGAGAGCUGAACACCACAGAAACUCCACAACAUGCUUAAAGAAUGGAUUCCAGCAGGAGAGCCUUCAUCUGUUUAAUCAUCUACACCACAGGUCUGUUGUACACAGCUGGAGAAGAGGUUGUCAGACUGCAGGAGCUGGAGGGAAACACUUUAACCAUCCAUACUGGAUUAACUGGAGUUCAGAGUGAUGCUCACAUACUGUGGUUUCAUCACCCAGAGAAUUUAGAUAUAAAGAUAGUGAACAGUCGGAUCAUUAGAGGAGAGAUUAUUACAGACUAUGACAGUGAGAGAUUCAGAGACAGACUGCAGCUGAACAGAACCAGUGGAUCUUUAACCAUCAGGAACAUCAGCAGAGAAGAUUCUGGGCUUUACAUAUUACAGAUCAUUACUAGACGAUCCUCAGAAUGGAUGUUCAGUCUUAAUGUCUAUGCUAUGGUGUCCUCUCCCUUCAUUACAAGACUCUCAGUACAUGGUCAUUCAGCCUCUGCACCAGCAUCUGGAUCCAGAUGUUCAGUGCUGUGCUCUGCAGAAAGUCAGAGAGAAAUGACUCUGUCUUGGUUUAAAGGGAGAGAGAUACUGAACCAGACCAGUGAUUCUGAUCAUACUGAUAAACUCACUCUUCGUCUGGAGGUGAGUGAUGAAGAUCAGGAUGUCUAUAGCUGUGUGACUGCCAACCCUGCCAGCAACCGUACAUCCAAACUCAACACCACAGAGAUCUGCUCACAUGACAAUGGUGCUGCUGAGUUCUGUGGUCUCACUGAGACCAUGAUUCGAUUAGCAUUCUCUGUUCUGCUGGCAGUGGUCACUAUAGUUCUACUAAUUGAUCACUUUAGAACAUAUUUGGAGUGAAGGAACAUUCCAGCUCACAAACAGUGCCCUUCAUCUCAGGAAGCUGAUCCCCUGAAAACUCUACCUGCAGCCUUCAUAGUCGAUGAAACUUGAGCCUAUGCUGUGACGGCCUUCCUGGACUUCCACAGAAAAAGGAAC